AUGCUUGAGGAAUCGGAAACAAGCGGUAGAAGGAACAUCCACAAUGAUUUCUUGUUGGAUAUCGGCAGCGAUUUCGGAAGUAGCUCCGAUAUCGCUAAAAACAUCGUCCAAUUCUCUCCGACGCCUGAAAACAACCUGGUUCCCGUUCAAAUCGCUCGCGAAGACUUCGAUUCCGGUUCAUCUUGCAAAGACGAUGAAUCCGUCCAAACCGAUCUGAGAAUCAGCGAAGAAAGCGUUGCCUUGCUCUACAAGAUCUCUCAAUCCCUAACUCGUAUCGUCAAAAUCUCUCCAUCAUCAUCGCUCUCUAUCGUGGGAUUGCUAAAGCUUUUGUUCGCAGUCUUGCAGAGGAAAAGAAGACGUGACUGUUUUGAAGGCAUCCCUUCCACGAAAUAG